UUCGGAUUAUGCCUUUUGUCAAAUUUUUUUAUUGUUACUUACUUUCUUUCUUUUACAUUUUUGUGAAUAGCCUCCGUUAUACCCCCCCCCUUUUUUUUUAUCUUGUGGUUUGCAUAGAAAACCUAACAGUAAUUCUAGCGAAUACAAUUGAAGAAUCAUCGAGACGCAUAUAUACACGGACACACCACGCCAUUACAGCAGCCACAAUUAAAUUUGACAUUUUGUGCAACACUUGUCAACUUUAAACGCACAAUAAAAAAAAUAAAAAAUAAACGAUUCUAUUCAAUCUACGGCAUCUAUACAAGCAUACAUACACGCAAAUACUUUGCUCUUGAAGAAUCUUUAUGAAAGUAUAUUCCUUCUGGAGAGUAUAUGCUUUAUGUGGUUUUUUAGGACUAGGAGGAUUCAUGUAUGAACUUGAUAGUGGAGUCAUAUCGGCAAUGUUGAUCUCUAAAAAAUUUCAUCAUACAUUCCACUGGCAAGGGAAGCCUAUUGCUGCUGCAUUGAUUUCAGUACCUUUGGCAGCUGCUGGUAUCAUCUGCUUUUUAUCGGGUGCUGUAGCAGAUAAAAUUGGUAGAAGAAGAUUCUUGAUGAUGGCAUGCAUUGUUCAUAUCGUUGGAGUUAUAUUGCAGCUUGCUAUACAUACUGUUCCUUCAUUUCUUGCUGGUAAGGUUAUCGCCGGCUUUUCAACUGGCAUGUACAGCGUAGUAUGUCCACUAUAUCAAAGUGAAGUUUCAUUACCAAAUCAUAGAGGUCGACUGAUUACCAUGCAUCAAUUUGGCGUCACUCUCGGCUUUUGUGCAGCUUUUUGGUCUGCUUAUGCCUGUCUUAGUUCUACCUGGCCUGAUUCAUGGUCCAUUCCUGUCGCUUUGCAGAUUUUGCCACCCAUUCUCAUGCUCGCUGGCCUUUUUUUGUUUAUACCCGAAAGCCCACGCUGGCUCAUUUAUCAAAACCGCCAUGCAGAAGCGAAACGCAUUCUUCAAAAACUGCGCGCCAAAGAAGAUACGGAUGAUUUAGAAUUGAGCAUGGAAUAUAUCGGCAUCAUACAAGAAAGAAACUACGAUCAGAAUUUCACAUCGAAGAGCUAUGCCAACCUUUUAUCAAAAGGGAUUGAUAAUAAUCGAGGAAGGACCAUUCUGGGCGUAGGAUUACACAUGAUGACACAGUUGACGGGUAUCAACGCUAUUUUAUUCUAUCUACCCUACAUUUUGGAAUCUACAGGUUCGACGAGGUUAGAAUCAGCUAUGCUUGGCAAUGGUGUAAGCAGUAUGGUGAAUAUGCUUGCGACGAUCCCCUCGUUUUUCUACGUGGACCGAUGGGGUCGUCGGCGCAUUUUAAUGUGCGGUAGUCUCUCUAUGGCGAGUUGUAUGAUUAUUAUUGCUGCUCUUCAGGGCGCGUUUUCUACCAAAGUAUAUGACUACAAGCCCCAUGUCUUGCCGGGUACUAUCUUCCCCUUUGCUACCUCCAUGACAAAUGAUACCGCGGCCUUUAUCAUUUUGGUUUUUCUCUGCUUGUUCCUCGGCUGUUUUGCACUCAGCUGGGGCUCGAUGGGAUGGAUCUAUCCUGCAGAAAUCUACCCUCAAAGUAUCCGUGCGAAAGGAUUAGGCGUCACAACAGGUGCUAGUUAUGCGAUGAGUCUAUGCGUCUCUCAAGUAGCGCCUAUCAUGUUUAAAGAGUUGAGUUGGGGCACUUAUUUGUUUUUUGGAGCCGUUUGUUUGACACAGAUUUAUAUAGUUCAUCGUUGGUAUCCCGAAACAAGAGUAAGUUGUGUGUGUGGGGUGUUUGUGUUGGUAAGAAAAAAAGAUCGGUUUAAUGAACCCCCAUUCUAUGUUGGAUAGGGUCGAUCACUCGAAGAAAUACAUUUGAUUUUCAGUGGUGCGCUGAUUGAUCAAAGUCCAGGAGCCCAUCACCCUCAAACAGCAUUUGAGGCUUUAGCUCAUUUGAAUCAUUCACAUAUACAAACUAGAAUUGAUUUAUCCAGAUCGGUUUCGAUCUCUAUGCCUUUGUUGGGCCAUGGUGCUCAGCAGCAAGAGGAACAACAGUUUUCUUCUGAACAUCAACAUCAGACGGCACAUUCACCUCACCAUGAUGAGGAAUGUGCAGCUCAUCCACAGUUACCGCAGCAGCAGCAGCAGCAGCAACAGUAUCCAUACCAAUCUCAAUAUCCUUAUGUACAUGCGGAACCAACCUCCACUCCGUCUACC